UUUAAAAUGGGUGUCCUUGUUGAAAAUGAAUAAAUAUUUCAGUUUAAAAUUUGGAUCAGUCGAAGCAACUCUUAAGGCUUUUUAUAUUUUAUCUUAAGUUCUUAUUAGAGUAACCUCGAGAUGACAAUGGUUGGUGACGGAUUGAAUAGCCCACGGCGGCAGGGAGGGAAAACUUAUUCCGAGGGGACACAAUCGCCAUUUCCGGACAAGUACAUCAUGCGUAAUACCCGGAUCCUUAGGAUCUCCAAGGCCCAAAUCACCGAGGUGCCCAUGGAGGUCCUUGAGGCGGCUCGCCAGGAGCUGGUGAACAUUGUGAGCUUCGAGGACAACUGGCUGCGCGAAAUACCCAAGGAUCUACAUAUGCUGAGCGAGCUGCUCAACCAAUUGAUCCUGACCAAGAACCAGAUCUGCUUCAUACCCACCAACAUAUCGCAGUACUCCAAGUUGUCGGUCCUCAAUCUCUCCGGCAAUCUGCUGUGCGACUUGCCCAUGGAGUUGGGUGGACUCAAGUUGCUCCGGGAACUGGACAUCUCCCACAAUCGGUUCGAUCUUCUGCCACGCUCAAUCUACGAACUGGAGAGCCUGGAAUCCUUGUUGGCCAACGACAACAAGAUCAAGGGCAUUGAUGCCAGUCCUCUGGGAUUGUACGCCCUGCCCGAACUUCAAACUCUGAAUCUGAAGAACAAUGAUAUUCAAAUUAUACCGCCAGUUCUGGGAAAUAUGCGUAAGCUUCAGAAAUUGGAGCUGUGGGGCAAUCCCUUCCGCCAGCCACGUCAUCAGAUCCUUUCGAUGGGAACUCAGUCGGUGCUGAGCUACUUGCGAACCCGCAUUCCCAUAUAAAUCAGACUAUUGUUAUUGUAUACGAAUAAAAUUUGGAAGUGUUUUUUGUCCAAUGUAAAA